AAGGGGGCGGGGCCGAACCGGUUGAGCGUGCCUAUGGCACGCGCAGUGGGUCAAUCAAAGAUGGCAGCGACUGUCUUCCGACCCGCUCUGCGAGACUGGGGGUGCUACCUCCGGUGGAGCUACGCGCUACGGCAACUGAGCCAAACCCAGGGGCCUCCUGAUAACCCCAGCUUUGUGGAGUCUGUGGAUGAAUACCAGUUUGUGGAGCGCCUGUUGCCCCCUACCAAAAUCCCAGAACCACCAAAGCAUAAACAUUAUCCCACUCCCAGUGGCUGGCAGCCUCCCAGAGAUCCCCCUCCCAACUUGCCCUACUUUGUUCGACGAUCCCGGAUGCAUAACAUCCCUGUCUACAAGGACAUUACACAUGGCAACCGACAGAUGACUGUGAUCCGUAAGGUGGAGGGAAACAUCUGGGCUCUACAGAAGGACGUGGAAGAGUUUCUGAGCCCACAGCUGGGAAGAACACCCAUCACCCAGGUUAAUGAGGUGACAGGGACUCUUCGAAUCAAGGGCUACUUUGAUGAGCAGCUUAAAGCCUGGCUUCUUGAGAAAGGCUUCUGACCUGAUGAUCAGCCCCACGGCAGUUCCUCCACAGACUGGCAUUCAGAGAGGAAGUGGAUUUGGAGUCUCUGGAAUGGGAUUCAAAAGUACCUAAAGAGCUUUGAGAUCAGUCCUUGCUUUCAUAAAGAGGAAAAAGAC